CUUUAUCUACUGAAUCUACAGAAGGCAAUAAUUCAUAACGAUGUGUACAGUCAUUGCCAAUAUUCAAGUAGACAUACCAUUCUUACUUCUACUGUGUUUAGCAUCUUCCAUCAAUCCUGUGAAUCUCUAUCAGUGGUCGGGUUACAAGACUGCUAGUUAAUAUGAGGGCUUAAAGUAGAUCAGAGGGAAACACAAGUACCGUGGAGAAAAAUGCGGGUUACUCAAUUUCUGAUCAGGGUUGUCUCGUCAUAUUACCGUAGUCUUGGAAAUGGAAAGUAUGUUCGUCUUAUGCGUCCAUGCCGAUAGAAAGAAGACAGGCAAAGAGGCAGACAGUCACAGCUCCAUAAACAGAUGGACAGUCACUCAACCAGCGGACCAGACAGAAAGACAGGUAUACAAUGACACACAAACAGCCAGACAGAAAUAGCACACACACACAAACACACACACACACUACAAAUGAAGUACCUACAAUCCACACACACACCUCAUCGACCCAUCUUGAUACCCACAAGCACCCAGCCACACAUCUACCACCCGCCAGCCACACACCCGUGCACUGGCCCUCAAUCCACCGCACAAACCUUCACCUGAACACCCUAAGACCACCAGCGGACGCCCCCUUCACCACUUCUUAAUCCAUUACCUUAAUCACUGUCGCCUCCUCGGUUCCCUCUCUCCCUGUCACUCUCCUUCAGACACUCGUCCCGCCCUCCCUCUCACCUGGCCGCCCCGCCCCGCCCCCGUCCCCGCCGCCUUCACAGCCUCGCUCCACUCCACGCCCAGGUAUAUAACGCAAAUAAGCGCCCCUAGCGACUCAGUGCGGCAAGCGGCGCGUCCCUGAAGGAGAGCGGCAGGAGCAGGGGCUAGUGACAACGAGAAGGAGGUAAAGAAAACGAGCGGGAGGCACCGAACUCCUGCAGAAGACCCAAUCGAACGCUGACUUAGAAGAACCCAUAGAGGAAAAUAGAGGAUUAUAUACAGUGUUUUAUGCAUCGUGUGUGUUAAUACUUAGUGACUUUGAGAGGCUCUGAGGAGACUCUUCAAUCUUGUGUGCUGGUGAACUUGAAGGACGCAAGUCGGCAGGAGCACCUCGUCAACGUCUUCUUCAGAUCAUGGAGCGGUGGUGGGCGGCGGCCGUGUGUGUGGCCUCCCUGGCGGCAGUAGGAACCCUCGGCGACAACUUGGCGUUCGGGGGCGGCCCCAUCACUCUGGACGCCGGGCAGGUCGGGUUCCCUCAAGCAGGCUUUGAUGAAGACAUAUUCACAACCAGGAUCGAAAGGAAGACUCCCUCUGAGCUUGGAUUCCCUGAUGUCAACACCUUCGACGAGAACAGAAACAGCGCCUCGCCCGUCAGGAAACGAAGGGCGGCGGACAAGUUAGGAGGAGGAGGACAUCACGAUCAUGACCACCACGACCACGACCACCACGACCACCAGGUGCACUUCCCUCCCAUCCUGCCACACUCCAGUCCUCUCCCAAGAUCGCAAGGGUAUGAUAAUCCUGCACCGACGUAUUACGAAGCGCCUCAAGGGGGAUACUCCUAUGAUCCCCCCUCCUCAGGGUACCGGUACCUGCCCCCCAAGACGGCAUACAAGGCCCCUGAGUCCACCUAUCAGGAACCCAAGGCAGCGACUUCUUAUGAGGCACCGAAGGCGGAUUACGUGGCGCCAAAAGUGGAGUCAGCUUAUGUGGCCCCGAAAGUGGAGUCAGCAUACGUAGCACCGCACGUUGAGUCAGCUUAUGUGGCCCCAAAAGUUGAGUCAGCAUAUGUGGCGCCAAAAGUUGAGUCAGCUUAUGUGGCCCCAAAAGUUGAGUCAGCUUAUGUAGCCCCUAAGGUCGAGUCAGCCUAUGUAGCCCCUAAGGUCGAGUCAGCCUACGUAGCUCCCAAAACAGAAUCAGCCUACAUCCCCCCCCACGUGGACACAGCGUACGUGGCCCCAAAAGCGGAGACGAAGUACGUGCCGCCGACACAUUACCGCGGCUACAACAUCCGUGACCCCUCCUACUCCACCACCAUGAGGCCUGGCUACGUGCCCAGGGUUACCACGCCUUACUCAGAGGACGUGACCUUUGUCCCCGAGUAUGAAUAUGGUCACUAUGUCCCGCCCAAGGAGGGUUACAGCUACAACCCGCCGAAGUCAAGCUAUGACGAGGAUGGUUACGACUACAGCCCGCCAAAGUCCAGUUAUGACUCACCCAAGGACGACUACAGCCCACCCAAAUCAAGCUACGACGCACCUAAGGAUGGUUACGACUACACACCACCUAAGUCCAGUUAUGACUCGCCAAAGGACGACUACAGCCCACCCAAGUCAAGCUACGACGCGCCCAAAGAUGAUUACAGUCCACCGAAGUCAAGUUACGAUGCGCCUAAGGGAGGUUACGACUACACACCACCAAAGUCCAGUUACGACGCACCCAAGGACGACUACAGCCCUCCUAAAUCCAGUUACGACGCACCCAAAGAUGAUUACAGUCCUCCCAAGUCCAGUUACGACGCGCCUAAGGGAGGUUACGACUACACACCACCAAAGUCCAGUUACGACGCACCCAAGGACGACUACAGCCCUCCUAAAUCCAGUUAUGACGCACCCAAGGAUGAUUACAGUCCACCGAAGUCAAGUUACGACGCGCCUAAGGAAGGUUACGACUACACACCACCAAAGUCCAGUUACGACGCACCCAAGGACGACUACAGCCCUCCCAAGUCGAGCUACGACGCGCCUAAGGACGACUACAGCCCACCCAAAUCAAGUUACGACGCACCCAAAGAAGGCUACGACUACACACCACCAAAGUCUAGCUAUGAUGCGCCCAAGGACGACUACAGCCCUCCGAAAUCAAGCUACGACGCUCCCAAGGACGACUAUAGCCCACCCAAAUCAAGUUACGACGCGCCUAGGGAAGGUUACGACUACACACCACCGAAGUCAAGCUAUGACGCUCCCAAGGACGACUACAGCCCACCCAAAUCCAGUUAUGACGCUCCCAAGGACGACUACAGCCCUCCCAAGUCCAGUUACGACGCACCUAAGGGAGGUUACGACUACACACCACCUAAAUCUAGUUACGACGCACCCAAGGACGACUACAGCCCACCCAAAUCCAGUUAUGACGCACCCAAGGACGACUACAGCCCUCCCAAGUCCAGUUACGACGCGCCUAAGGGAGGUUACGACUACACACCACCUAAAUCUAGUUACGACGCACCCAAGGACGACUACAGCCCACCCAAAUCCAGUUAUGACGCUCCCAAGGACGACUACAGCCCACCUAAAUCCAGUUACGACGCACCCAAGGACGACUACAGCCCUCCCAAGUCCAGUUACGACGCGCCUAAGGGAGGUUACGACUACACACCACCUAAAUCUAGUUACGACGCACCCAAGGACGACUACAGCCCACCUAAAUCCAGUUACGACGCACCCAAGGACGACUACAGCCCACCUAAAUCCAGUUACGACGCACCCAAGGACGACUACAGCCCUCCCAAAUCCAGUUACGACGCACCCAAGGAAGGAUAUGACUACACGCCACCCAAGUCCAGUUAUGAAGCCCCGGGGUCAUCAUACAAGGCACCAGAACCAGCAUACAAAGCUCCAGAGCCAGCAUAUAAGGCGCCGGAACCUGAGUACAAGGCACCUGAGCCAGCGUACAAGGCACCACCCAAGUCGAGUUACGAGGAGCCCAAGGAAGGCUACGACUACACCCCUCCGAAAACAUCGUACAAGGCGCCGGAACCAGCAUACAAGGCACCCGAGCCAGAGUACAAGGCACCUGAGCCAGCGUACAAGGCCCCUGAACCAGAGUACAAGGCUCCACCUAAGUCCAGCUACGAGGAACCAAAGGAGGGCUACGACUACACUCCCCCCAAGACAUCAUACAAGGCCCCUGAGCCAGCGUAUAAGGCACCCGAACCAGAGUAUAAGGCACCAGAACCAGCAUACAAGGCUCCUGAGCCCGAGUACAAGGCACCUGAACCAGCGUACAAGGCACCUGAGCCAGAGUACAAGGCACCGCCGAAAUCCAGCUACGACGAGCAUAAGGAACCUGCAGGUUACGACUACACUCCUCCCAAAACACAAUACAAGGCUCCAGAACCUGAGUACAAGGCGCCUGAACCUGAGUACAAGGCGCCAGAACCUGAGUACAAGGCGCCAGAACCUGAAUACAAGGCGCCUGAACCUGAGUACAAGGCGCCACCUGCAUCAAGCUACGAGGAACCAGAGUACGACAUUAAGUACAAGGUUGUCAGUGCUCACCCUCCCCAGGUAGCUACGUAUGGAGCAGUGCAUAACAAGGGGCACGACUCUCCCUACAUGCCUGACCCUACUGUGUACCCCGACACGGAUUACAAGGCUCCGGAACCUGAGUACAAGGCUCCGACUCCAGAAUACAAGGCUCCUGUUCAGGCUGGGUACAGUUAUCAGCCUCCAACAAGCGCCACCCUUCAGCCUGUGUACGGCGUGCAGUCCCCCAUCCCUGUAUACGGUCCCCCGACGCUUCCCCACCGGGUGCUGAAUCCCUACACGUCCCUCGACUACUACUACGACGACAUCCCACUCAGGCGCAGGAGGCCCGGCAGGAGGCGACGACUCGGCUUCAGGCGGUUCAGACCCAGAUACUACCGGCAGGCAGAAUAAGGCUCCCAUCCUCUGCCCCGUGACCGCCGGCCUGCCACGACCCACCACGAUCCGCCCCUCGCCUGUCCGCAUCUCCCUCCCUGGCAAUGGCUGGCGAGGCGCACUAACUCAUCACGGCGCCUGCUGGUGACACGCGGGACAUUACCCUUGAAGAGACCUCCAGUGACGCGUGCUUAUCAUCUGUCGACUCAAAUGAUGCUCCAUGACUACACUUAAAUAAACAAAUAGGUUUAUGACAUUAAAAAUAAAUUGUUCAGUGGCGCUCCAUGAGAAAGGGAGAAAACGAAAACGAAAUUCCGCGAUGCAAGAAAGACGAGGCAACAAAAGCUUACACAGGCGUUGUUUGGCUGGAUUUUGACGGCAAACACAUGUUGAUGAUACGAAUCACAUGGGACAACAAUUCAACUUUUAUUAAUCUUUUCACUGCUGGAAUAUUUUCACACAAUUACUUGUAGCUUUUUGGACAAUUUUCUUACUUCGGUCUCAUUGUUCUAUUGGCUGGAAAAGAAAAUUAAUCUUCUAUUCUCACCUCCAGCAUGAACACGUGAACAGUCUUUUAGUGUUUGGAAUAUUACAAAAUGACGAUAAUUGCAAUGAAAGGGUUAAAUAUGUCAUGAUGAAAUGUGCAGCCUUUCCCACACUAAGCCAAAUGUAAAAACCUUACCAAUACCAGGUUUAUUAUCGCUGUUUCUAAAGCAAAGCAUAGUUAUUAUGUAAAGCUUUCGUAAUUUAUAUUCCAAUCGGCUAAGUUUCUUUCCUAUUUCUUCAUUUAUUUACUUUUCUCAUAAUAACCUUCAUGGUAAGCUUUUAUUUCUUUAUUUAUUCGUAAUUUAUAUUCUACCUAAUCGGCUGGGCUUCUAUCCUCUUUUUUCACUUAUUUACUUUUCUCGUAAUGACCUUCAUCCUAGGCUUUUCUAUUUCUUUGUUCAUUUACUUUUUCUAGUAGUAGCUUCAUAACUACCUUAGAUUCAUUAUUUCAUGCUUAGACUUUUAAUGUGAUUUCAUAAUCGUUUCUUAUAUUUAGUAUUUCAUGACGAAAGUCCCUCAUACCACAACUUUCUUUACUAGUAUUUAUGUAUGAGUUUCGUGAAUUCAGCUCUUCAUGCUAGCCUCAUCUCUGUCUCCCCCAUGAGUCACUAGGCUUCCACCUCUGUAUGUUACCAAAAGUUCCAUACCCAGAUGAUUGCUCCGUGAUAUAUUUAAAAUACUAUAAAUGGAGAUUAUAGAACACUUCUGUAACAUAAUUCCCUUUUUGAAGCUAAUACAGGUAUUCACUUUUAAGAACACCUCUUUUUCUCAUAGAUAUGUUUACUUGACGGCAAUCCUCUCCCAUGGUUCCGUAAAUACUGAUACUGUAUAUUUAGAUACAUACUACUGCAUUGUGCUAAUACUGUAUUUAUUAUAAAAUAUUAUUUAUGAAUAAACUGAGAAUAUUUU